ACAGGGACCUGUACCCUGGUCAGACAAGAAACCUGUGAAAGUGGAUGGUCUGCAUAUAAAGGUAGAUGCUUCCGCUUUUUUAACUUUCCGCGUUCCUGGAUUGAUGCAGAGAAACAGUGUUUGGGCUACGAUGGGAACCUGGCCUCUGUACACAGUUAUGAGGAGUACAUCUUCGUACAGAUCAUGAUUAAAUAUCAAACUCAAGAGACAACUGAGUCCUGGAUAGGAGGCUAUGACGCUGUUUCAGAGGGAACAUGGCUCUGGAGUGAUGGAUCAAAACUGGACCAAGAGAUAUGGGCUCCUUCACAACCUGACAAUAGCAAUAGAAACGAGCACUGUCUUAUGAUGAACUAUCAACCCUCGAGUAACUGGAAUGACAACCCCUGUCAUAUUAAAAAGCCUUAUGUGUGUGUGAAGAAAUACACACCAACAUUUAAGUUUCAUGUAAAAUUGUGAAUGUCUUAUUGUCUUGCAUUAAAGGAAAAGUUGACCAAAAAAUGACAAUUUUAAAACAUCGCUUACCCUCAGUCGAUCCAAGAUAAAGAUUAGUUCUUCAUCAGAACAGAUCUGAAGAAAUAUAACUUUACAUCAUUUGCUUAUUGAUGGAGAUCCUCUGCAGUGAAUGGGUGCCAUCAGAAUGAAAGCUCAAACAGCUGAUCAUGAAGACAUCACAAUAGUCCACAUGACUCCAGUCCAUCAAUUAAU